AUGUAUCUACGCGCCAUCCACGCCGAACCCUCCAUCCCAGUCUCAAAAGCCUUCCUCGCCGCCAAUCCUCUUGUAACUCCAAAGUUUUACACAAAGACAAAACCAGAAACCGGGAAAGUGGUGUCGGCGUGGAACUAUGCAGCUGCAAAGGUAUAUGGAAUAGCCACUGUCUAUAUGGACGCAAGGGCAGACUCUACAACAACGUUUCUGGACAAGCAGAUCAGAGAUUUGAGCAACAAGGCUGAAGAAGAGACUAUGGGACACGAAAAGCCGUGGAAAGUGGACGACGCGCCUGAAAGGUAUAUCGAGCUUUUGAGGAAGAACAUCGUUGGUAUCGAGAUUAAGGUGACGAAUUUGGGCGGCAAGUACAAGAUGAGUCAAGAGAUGAGUGUAGAAGAUCGAGAAGGUGUUGCCGCAGGAUUCGAGGCUAUGAAGAAAGAGGCUGGAGACUGGAUGGCAAACACGGUUAGAGAGCGUGUACAAACUAAAUAG